AUGCCUCCCAUUAAUCAUGCCGCCAUCUCAGUCGGCGUCAUCGCUGUGUCCGUCGUCGUUGCGGCUGGGAUCGCCAUCUACGAAUCGCCAGAGCUGCGACGUAUCGCCGAGAACCUACGCCAACGCAUAGCCCUUGCGCUGCAUUCCCUUGGCGACAGCAUCUCGCCGCAGGAACGCGAGAACUUGUUCAACCGGCCCGAGGACGCCGAAGGUUUCCUACUAUCCAGGGGCAUCGAUAUCAGACAAGGCGAUCAAGAGCUGGAUGUUGACGCAGACGAAGAGACCAGGCGGCGCCAGAGGGAGGAGUUGAUGUACUGGAAUGCUCUUGCCGAAUCCAAGAGAGAUCAGGAAAAGCAAGACGAGAAAUCCGAGGUGGAGCCCAGAAGGAUAGCUUCAAGAGGGUCAAGCUUCGACCAUUUUCUGCAGAAGGAUGGCAACGAUGAGAAAGGUGCUUUUGUCCUGAACAGCGGUGCCAACGCCCAGAGCGCGGAAGCUGAUGGUCUGAGACGCCGUGGCGAAGGUGCUCGAGGCCUCAACUACUCUGUAUACACGAACCCAUUUGCAGAUGAGCAUGGCAUUGAUGAGACGAUUGCUUUUGAGAACAGCCUGACCGAGCCAGAGAAGGAUGACAUGGGAGACAUCUACAGUGUUUCGCAUGAUGGUCAGGGCAGCCGCGACCGGGAUACCACUGCUACGCUCUCGGCACCCCCCGAGCACAUCCCCUCUCUAGUCGACAUCGACACGCCCAUCAGACAGCCAGUGCCAGCCCCAUCGACCACCUCGGAACGCGAACUCGGCCCGGACGAGUUUGUGACGGCGGGCCAAGAGGACAGGCAUGAGGCGUAUAGUUCAAUUCAAGCAUGGGCACAGCAUUCGAAUCCUGGGUUCUAUUCACCUCUGCCCAUUUCACCCGUAGGCCCUCUUUCAGAAGCGGAGCUCAUCAGCGAGGGACAACUGACUCCAACGGACUCGGUCUCCUUAGUAGGAUCUGGCGAAGAUGUUGGCGAAGAGGCUCAUUCUUCCGUUGGGGAGCCAGGCCGUUACUACGACGUGUUGAGCGACGACGAGGGUAUGAUGACCCCAGCAAGCUGGACAGAAGUAGGAAGCGUGAUCAGCGAGAGCGAUACGGGUGCUCACCCAGCCCGCGCAUGA